AUGGCCGCUUCGGCUCCGCCGGCUUAUCACGAUGUGGUUUCACCUGACGAGGCCAGUUCAUUUAGAAGUUCUGUUCCAGCGACGCAAGUUGAACUGCAUGUUUCUUGCAGGUAAAACAAUUCUUGGAAAUAUUAGAGCGGUUUGUUAAACAGUGAGGUCAACUCUGUCUUAGGCAACGAGAACGAGGAACAUGUAGCACUCUUGACAGCUGUUUUAGAAUGCACAUUGCAUAAAGUGAACAAAUGCAUUUUUCACAAUCUGUUGUGAAGAUAUUUUCUCCAUAUUCAUCUUGAUGAAACCUUAAGGAUAUAAAAACAUUCGGAUUAACUGUAGAGUCUGUCUGUAAUUUAUGUACCCCAAUAUGCCUCAAUGUAUGCUUCUUGCACGUAUCAGAUCGGCAUCGAGGUCUCAUGGCCAAAGCAGAAUUUUUUUGAGGGGGUUUUCAUGGUUGACUUUAAAAAAUGAGAAGUCUGAGAAAGCUGCAUGUUAUCAAUUAAAUUGAUAUUGCUUGUAUGUCUGAAAACUUUGUUUUUAGUGUGACAUGCUUAACUGCAUGCCUGUUAUCAUAUCCAGCUGUUUGAAUGACUUAAGCUUGAUUAUCGCCUUUCUUUUAAUCGUUUGUGUAUGUGUUUUCGACUCUUUAAGAAAUCUCGCUGAUAUGGAUGUUUUUUCCAAAUCCGACCCAAGUAAGUACCUUUAAAUAGCCUCUUACCUGUACUGAAACCAAAAUUUACUGUCCACGCAUAAAUUAUAAUAGGUGAGCUCAGAUGUUCCAGUUUGAUGGUCACACAAUUAUGCAACUUUAUUUACAGACUCAAAACUAGUUACCUUGUAGUCAUCUAUAGGUUUUUCUAACUCCUGUUCUUAAAUCAACGACAAAGCUUUUGUAGCCAUUUGUUUUUUUGUUUCUUUUUUUUUUUUUUGUCAAUUCAGCAGUGAAGCAUUGUUAUUCAAAAGAAAAAUAUGUGGUUUUGCCACCGGUGACCAAAAAAAGUUAUGUCAUAAUGUCUGAUCAUCAUCUAUUUUACACUUUUCAACUCUCCCGGAUACGACACCAAUCUCCCGGUCUCCCGUACGGGUCACCAUAUCUCCCGGAUAAAAUCAUCUUUUGAUCUCUUCUGUGCCUUAGUUUGAGAUUCAGCCCAUUUUUAGCUCAAAACUUGGGUUUUCUUAUUCGUUGUAUGGUUUCUGGGGCAUUUUUGCACCCAUCUAGUCAUUGACAAAGAUUAUGUCUACCAUCAGGAUUGCAAAUUUUGAUAGUAUGUACUUCAUGUAAGACUUCAUAUAAUGUCCUUAGUCAUUCCCAUAUUUGUCCGGGGUGGGGUUCAUUAAAUUUCGGGAGGGGGGGGUAGUGAAAAAGAGAGAGUCUCCAGAUUCUAGAUCUCCAGAGGUUGGUAUCUCUGCUAUUUGCUCCUAACAAUGUCAAUGGGUGCAGUGGGUGGGAGGUAGCGAUAGGUGUGGGUGGGUUAAUUCUGGGUGCAUGUCCUCGAUUUGUCCUCGAGGAGAGAGGGGAAUAGUACCCAGAAGACAAUUAUUGCAUGUAUACAUGUAUAGUCAAGUACAUUGUAACUGACAGUAUCUUUGUUCUCUCAGUGGUAGUCAUGUACACUCAAGCUAUGGGAAGCAAAGAGUGGAGAGAGGUAGGUACAAGUGGAAUAGUGGUGGAUUUAAACCAUGUUUUUGUGGGAGUGUACCCUGUUUAAUGAUUAUUAUUGUUGAUACUCUCAGGUAAAGGAGUUAAAUCUGGUUUUCUCUGGCUCAGUGUACCAUGACAUGAGUUCUGCAUGGCUAUUCACAGAAAUGGCUUCUCACAGAAUAUAAUUUCUUUUUUUUCUAUGGAGGAUAAUAGAUCUGUAGUAUUUGUGUCUGAACACUUUGCUGAAUAAGAACAAACAUAUGGUAUGAAAUAUAGCAAAUGGUUAAAUAAUGGCGCCAUUCUCUUUGUUAGAGUUCUCUCCCUGGUCACUCAAAAGAUAGACAGGGUGCCCAAAUUAUUUAUUUGAAUUAAAAUGUUCCAAGAGCAGACUGCCAGACUGCCCUAAUGAAAAGUCUAAUCUAUCCCUUCCACAUUUAUUCCAAAACCCAAGUGCCUUUCAUAUACCUGCCAACUUUUUCUGAGAUAUAAGCGUGAGAUUUUUAUCCUGAGAGUGCUGGGAUUUUUGAAGACGACACGAUCAUUUCCGAAGAUUCCCGAAGAAGUCCGAAGUCUUCCGAAGAAGUCCGAAGUCUUCCGAAGAAGUCCGAAGUCUUCCGAAGACGUCCGAAGUCUGCCGAAGACUGCCAAAGGCGAGCUCGCUCCCAGUGCUUUUCACUUCAAAAAUCAGAGAUCGCGAGGAAGGUAUUGCCAUUUAUUCAUUUUACACAUGGUUUUCGUUCCUUACAUGGGUCUGAGUUAACAUAUUUUUGGAAAUUGUGUCAAGUAGGACGGCAACAACUCACAUUUUUCAAUCAGGCGUGAGAAAUUGGCCCGCAGGCGUGAGCCGGCGUGAGAUCGAAGUUUUCAACCCGCAGGCGUGAGACUCACGCCUAAGGCGUGAGAGUUGGCAGGUAUACUUUCAUUCGAUCUGAUCUGUUUGCACUUACUGAAAUAUUUCCUCCCUUUUCUUUUAAAAUUUUCCCAAUUUUAUGGAGAACCAUGGACUCUUCACUUCCAUAGCUAAGCAUAUAUGUAUUACAGGUCAAAUUAAAUUCUGGUUAAUAUUUUUUAACCUAGUUAGAUUCUCAAUUCCCUUUAUAGUCUCAUAGCCCUUAUUCAUGAAUAAUAAAGGGCUAGGAGACAAAGAAGAUUGAAAAUCAAACUAGGUUAAAAUUUUAACCUGAACCUAAUUUUGACCUUUAACAUAUAAGCAUCAGAAUAAACCUAAUUCUCUGCUUUUCUUUUAGUUUGGCAGAACAGAACACAUAAUGAACAACUUGAAUCCUGAUUUUGUCAAGACCUUUAUCAUUCAUUAUUUCUUUGAAGAAAUGCAAAAGCUUCGAUUUGAAGUGUAAGUUGAUGUGUUUAUUGUGCUUCACUUUUAUCCUUGAUCUAGUUUUUCUGAUAGAUGAUUUAUAUUUUAUUUAUUUAUUUUUAACUUCUUAGGUAUGACAUAGAUAAAAAAUCUUCCAGGUUAUCAGACCAUGUAAGUAUACACAUGAGCAUCCUGGUUAUUCAUCUAAAUCUGCUGGAAAAUCUCUCUUUAUCAAUGAAUUCAAAUCCCUAACUGAGAUUUCCUACGUUGUGGCAUGUUUAUUAGGAUUUUAUUGGCUCAAUGGAAUGUACUCUGGGAUCCAUUGUUGGAGAAUUUGGUGGACGUCUGCAGAAAUCUUUAGUGUAAGUUGGCAUGGUGCACCGUAGAUAAAUCUGACUCUACUGAAAAUUAUCUUGCUGUUUAAUUAAUCCCCUCUGAAUUUAUGCAAUUAAAAGAAUUCUAAUUAGUCUGUUUUCCUAGAAAUCCAAAGAUAAAGAGAACUGGAACAAUGAUUGGUGAGUAUUUUUUUCUUGUCUCAAUCAAACUUUUUGGCUAUCAUAGUAUAUUUCCAAUCAACAUUUAGCUUUGGGGAUAUCUUAAUCUUCAUUUCGGAUGUCUUACACAUUAACCAAAUCUGGCUGAUCUGUUGGUCAAUUAAAAAAUGUCUUUUUGUCUUACAGUAACUGCUGAAGAACUCAGUGAUUGCAAGGUUAGUAAGUGAAUGAUUAGAACCAAUUAGUGUCUUUUUUAGCAUUUUGGAACUAUUUUACAAUGCCACAGUUAAGGCAAGUUAACCAAAAUGAUUGGGCAGUGCUGUGUAGUCAUGUGCAGAUAUCUUAAAAAUGAUAAUUUAUAGGGUGCUAUACUUACCGGCAAAAAAGACUGUAUUGGAAUAAGCAGCAUUUUGACAUGAGGUAAAAGUCGUGUAGACCUACCACCCCCUUUUAUUGCUAUGUACUUCAAUAUCUUUGCAAGUUUUAAAACUUGUUUGAAGAAGUUCAGAACAGCUUGCUUAGAGUAGCCUGCGAACAGCAGAUGCAUAUUUCCAGUCGUCGCUUCUCUCCCUCCAAAAAAUAGCUAUUUUUCGGAGGGAGAAAAGCGACGACCAGAAAUGCAUCUGCGAUUCGCAGGCUAGCUUAGAGUAGCCAUGCAUUCCUCGGCACAGGCUUUUUGAGCACUUCCUUUUCCCAAUGAAAUAAGAUGUGGGCUCAAACUUGAUGAACAUUUGUGGUCCUCUUUUAGGAUGUUGUUACACUCCAGUUUAAUGGCAAAAAGCUCGACAAGAAAGACUUCUUUGGAAAGUCAGAUCCGUUCUUGGUGUUUUACAGAUGUAAUGAAGAUAACAGGUAAGUCAAGGUGAUAGCUACAAUGGGGGGACAAAAGUGUUGAGACACUUCCGUAAAAUGGCCCCUUUUUGCAUAGUGGACAUACCUAUCCCCUUUCCCUGUCUACCCCAACCCCUUCUCCCCAAAAUCAGUUUUGUGUUUUGGACCCUCAAGUCUUUCUUUUAGUUCAGACAACAUUGAUUCGGGGGGUGAGGGGAUUUACGGCAUUUGAAAGGAAUGAAAUAAUAAAUGAAUUAAAUGUUUGUUAAAAGCACCCGUUUUAAACAAGUGUGUCAACUACUUUUGUCCCUGAUUGUAGCUAGCACUCUCCUCACUUCUCAAUGUAAUAUCAUCCUUAAGGCGCUUGGCCUGGGAAACCUGAGGAUGUUAAAGGUACUCGCUUGGAAUAUUUCAUGUUAAGUUUUGAAACUGGGUGCAACUUAGCUUUUGGCUUUUUAAUAUUAAACACUCUCACAACAGUUUUUUUUUACUUUUAUUGUGGCUGUGUACUAUUUUAGUGCAACCAUUAAAUUUUGGUCUGUUAAAUUGCAAAAGUUGCAUUUUUAUGUCAAAUUGAGUGUGUCUGUAACUGGAUGACUUUAAAUUAUGUUUACUUUCAACAAAAUUGUAGUUAACAGCUCUUGUGCUUUGAUACCCUAAUGUGUUGAUUUAAUGAAGGGCAAUAAUUAGUUCAAAGAAAAUCUCCCAAUGAACAAUGUUUGAAGAAACAAUAAUUUUUUGUUUAUCUUGCAUUUUUUCUAGUUAUACAGCAUGUCACAGAACUGAAGUUAUCAAGAACACAUUAAACCCAACAUGGAAGCCAUUUUCAAUUCAAGCCAGGGCACUCUGUAAUGGGGACUAUGAUAGGUAAUUCUAUCAUUCGUAUUUGCCAGAAUCAAUUGGAUUUUUCAUUUACUUGUUUUUGCAUUCACAUACAUGUAACUCUUUUAUCUUCCAAUUCUCUUAUUCAUUAUUUCACAAUGUAUUAUAAUAAGCAAAAAGCACAAAUUAAUGAUUGAAGUUAUACUAAAGGUGAGUACAGCAUAUGCAUAUAGCCAUCACAUUUGCCUGUUUUAAUUUUUAAACAUUUUUUUAAACUGAUUAACAAUAAAAUAUUUCAAGUGGGAAAUGUGAUUGCUAUAUGCAUAAUAUGCUGCAAAUGAGUUCACCGUAGUGGAAAUAUAAACUUCAAGUUUACUAAACCUCUUCUAAACAUCCAUUUUUGCUGUAAAUUCUAAUCAGAAAAAUGUUAACUUAAACACUGAUGAUAAUUGCUAAUGGUAGUUUUGGGUAGUGGUCAAAAAAAUAUGUAUUAACUUUGUGGCAAAAGGAAACAGGUUUGUCAUUGACUAUUUUUGUCAGACAUGCGUUGAGUAUCAUCAUAUUUUAUGAUAAAUUGUAUGAUCUUUCGUGAGCUCUUCGUAUGAGUAAUAUUAUUUUACGUUUUGUGUACAUUUUUUUUUUAUUGUUCAGAUCAAUCAGGGUGGAAUGUUAUGACUGGGACAGAGAUGGAGGGUAAGAAAGUCAAAAGUCAUGAUUUUUUGUCUCCAGAUAUAAAAUUUAUAUCAAACAGAUAUUCCACGAGAGCGCAUUGGAUAUGAGAACGAUGCGCACUGCAGUGCCGAGUUGCUAUAAUCAUCUGAUAUCAAGCGUGAGUGGAAUAAUUGUUUUUUUAAACACGCCCACAAAAUAUCGAGAAUUCUUCCUUACUUUAUUUAUUAAACAACCGAUUUUCAGCUUGUUUUUAAUUUUGAGCAGACGCUUAUAGUUACAAUUUAUUUGGAGAGCAUGGUAUAAUUAGCAGUUAAUGAAUGAGGCUGAGUAGGAUAUGAAGAAUUAUGCAGAUCGAGGAGGGUGUUAUCCGCUGAGGUCGAAGGCCGAGGUGCAUAACACCCUCUGAGAUCUGCAUAAUUAUAUCCUACGAAAGCCAAAUUCAUUAUUAAUUAAUUGCUUUAUUAUUCAUUCAAGAUAAUUCCUAGGUUAAAUACAAGCUAAAACAUGCUUACCUUUGUCGAUGUUAUUAAAGUUCACCUCGAUAGUGCAUGUUUAGAAGAUAAAGGGCUGUACGUUCAGGUCUACAAAUAUACUCCAUAUAGCAGAUGUUGUCUGUCGAGUUGUCUUCUUGCUAUGUUUUUAAACAAUAGUUCGUCAUGAAACGAGUAAAAAUUAAUGUUCCGCCGACUGUUCGGCCAUUUUUCUUUUCACAACCAAAACAACUCAACCUUGUUCCUGGGUCUUCUCGGGUAAUGGUGCAUUAACCUGCAACUGUGCUGCACUUUUGACAUCAUCGGUUGAUUAAUCGCAAAAUUCUUCCAAAUUUGGUCAACAAUAGCUGGUUAUGGUGAAUUAUGCAUGUGCUUUUAGCCAAUCAGAAACGGAGAAAUAUUUUGAAGGAAUAAUAAUGGCUCAUACACCAUGAUGGCUAAACCAAUCAGAGCCCUAGAAUUGCAUUAUCCAAUGAUUCAGUUUUUAAUAAAGGCUGUUAUUGUGUUGUUGAAGUUGAAUGUAGUUGAUAUCAGGUUUAACUUCCAUUUGUAGGCAUGAUCUUAUAGGCAUCUUUUCAACCACCAUAAAUGAGCUGAAGUCAGUCUCUGGAAUUACAUAUGAGGUAAGUUUUACCAAUUUUUACACUGUAGCAGACCCCAAUAAGCACACAGCCUCAUAAAGCUAGAGAAUCAUAGCAUGUUUCAGCACAGGGUACCCAAAGUAGUUGAAUAUUUUAGUUUACUUACUCCAGUGCAACAAAACAUCUUAUUGCACUGGAAGAUCUAGAGCUUGAGGGAAGGGUGUCUUACUCGCCCCAACCUUUGCUCUUUUUGUCCUUCACUGUUUUCAUGAAUGGAGCAUUGAUAGAGAGGGGGCGGAGGGUUAAAUUGAUCGCAGUCGGGCAUAGCCAGCUUUUUGACUAGUUGUAGGCCUGGCUGACUUUGAUUUCCACAUAUCCUGAAAAUUGCACUCAUGACUAGUACGCACCAACCUCACCAACACUUUGAGCUCUUAUGCUUUUUAGCUCACCCCAACAGUGCAUAAUUUCUUACAAGCAGUAGACUGAUCAAACCAAAAAUUUGUAGUCCCGGGCCUGCAGGUCUAUGGGUUGGCUACACCCCUGGCACUGUCAGCCUCAGGUUUGUUAGUCUGGAGGUUCUUCAUGACAAGUAUUAACUUGCAGGUUAACUUGUAAAUGUAGCUUGUAGAUGUAACUAUGUACAGUCAUGCGGCAUUCUUCUUUUGAUAAUCUUAGGUCAUAAAUCCCAAGAAGAAAGCAAAGAAGAAAGGAUCGUACAAAAAUUCGGGCACGGUAAGUGCUUUGGACUUAAAAACUGCUUACUGAUGAGAGAAUAGUCUAGUUUCGAGUUUGGUAUGACCCACUGAAUUAAAGAAGCGAAGAAGCGAGUUUGGUAUGACCCACUGAAUUAAAGAAGCGAAGAAGCUUUUUUUACAGGCUUAGCCUCCAUUAGUCUCCCUCGCAGCCGUUGUUUGGAUGUCACGCAACGCUACUUCCAAAAAACGGCUUCGAGGGAGACUAAGCCUCCAUCUAAAGUAAUUAUUCACAAAUUCCAAUGAGAAAAAGACCUGUUUUUUACUCUUUGUAUUGUGUAUAUUCAAAUUUCGAACACUUAGUUGCCGGAAUUUCUGACUGUUUUACUUUACGUCAAGGCUAACCCUGUAUGAAUGUGUCGUUAAUGUUUGUAUUCAGCGGUAAUUUAUUAUUUGAAACUGGACUAUUGGUAAUAGAGAGUUUAAGCUUUACCUAUACGGCAAACGGCAAACGUCAGAUUCAAGUGAAGAAUUUCUCAAAAUAGAAAAUGAGCGGAUAAAAACAGCUCAAAAUAAUUCUUAUGGAUAGAAAAUUUUAUGACGCUACCAAUAUAUGCAUAGAAAUAAUGAACAGUAAAGAACAAGUAAAGGGGGGACUUGGUCACGUGGUACAAAUUCGCGUUUGCCGUCUGACGUAAACCUGAUACUCCAAUAAAAGUUUUUACUCCUAUAAACCCUAAGGAGCAAACUUUCAGAAAAUACUCAAUUUCUUAUCAUGAAAAUGCUGUUAAAAAAAUUGCACUUAGCAAUUUAAAUUACUGCCCAAAAUGGUUUUAUUUUGUUAGGAAAUCAGCUGGCAGAUAUUUGAACUAAAGUUAGUGUCUCCUGUUAAGGAAGGAGCAAAAAGGCAAAAAUUAAGAAUACAUGUACCUUUUUUAUGAUAGGAACAUUUGUAAUUAUAACAUGUCUGUUGUUUGGAGCUUACUCACAAACUCAAUUUCAUGAUCAGACUAGAAAAUGGUUAUAUGGUACAACUAAUGUCGCCGUCACCCUUUUUCCUGUUUUAACUUAGUAAGAAUCUGGUUUUUAAUCCUUUCCACAGAUUUCCCUGCUUCAGUGUAGGGUAGAGCAACAACCUUCUUUUUUGGAUUUCAUCAGAGGAGGGUAGGUACAUUAAUUUUUGUCGUGUACAUGUAUCUAAAUAGAUGGUGUAUUAUUUAUUUUCUAUAUCUAGCCGGAUUUUUGAUAACGUUACCGCCAAAUGGACCUUUUGGGUCCAACAGUUGUUCUCGGCCGAAAACUAUCCCCAAAGUAGCCAUUAUGAAAACUAAGAGUGCAGCCAUUGCUUUUUCUCUUCUCCUCGCUCUUUCUCUUUUUCCUUUCCUUUUCUUUCGUUACUAUGAUUUUGGAGCUUCUCGGGGUUAAGAAACCUGCCUUUUGACGCCUUUUCACUCAAAUGACCGCAAAUUUCGUUAGGUUGGUUUUCAAAAAAUCGGUUAGAUAUAGAUAUAGCUGAUUGUGCAUGGGAAUAUAGUCAUUGAUAGUUUUGUCUCAGUCUCAAGUUGGGGCUGACCUACCCCUUAGCAAGGAGUUACUGCACUUCCAUCCUGGUAAAAAUCACUGGAUAAUCUUGGGGAGGAAUUUUUAAAGCCUAAUAUUUUACACAGUUCAAAUUUAUGUAGGGAUUAUUCUGGUGGUGUAUGAUGGAAUUGGGAUGGGGGAGGGGGGAAGGGGGAAGAAUAAAUAAGACGUAAAUAACUUAGCCAACAAUAAACACAGUUUCUUUUAGCAGCACCUUUUCACAAGAUGCUGUGCAUCUAAAACACAGAGUAAAGCUCGUCUUUUUAUUUAUUAUUAAUUGUGUUUAAACGAUCAGAUGGCAUUUAUAUUUGAAGGUUUUGUUUCCUUUCAUGUUGCACAGAACUCAAAUAAACUUCACGGUAGCCAUUGAUUUCACUGCUUCAAAUGGUAAGAUAUCAUUGACGCUUAUUGUCAUUGUCUUUAAUGUGUGCACUGAGAAGGGUAAUUUACAGCACUGUUAAUUACCUUAUCCAUCUAAGGCCUCAAAGGCAACGAUUGACAAAGGUCUGCUGUUUGUUUUCAGGCGACCCGAGAAAUGCCAAUUCUCUGCAUUACAUAAACCCCUAUGAACAGAAUCAAUACGUGAAAGCUCUUACAGCUGUUGGCAGAAUUUGUCAAGAUUAUGAUACGUAAGUGCACUUUUAUAACUAUGGUUACAAGUACUCUUCCUACUACUGCUAGUGGCUAUAAGCGUUAAAACCUCAAGAUACUAUAGUACCGCGUAAAAGUUGCGCUAAACAAGUUUAUAAAAGCUGCCCUUCUUCCAUAGAGAUCAAACAGAUCAUUUGAAAACACAGUGGUUAAGAGCGAAGCAUAGCUCCCAGCCGUUUCAUGUCGCAGAGGAGACAAGAUGAUUCUUGUCUCUUACGUUUUAGUAAAAUCCAGCUAGUGGUCUAUUAUCAAUGCUGCAUUCUAAUUAGUUGAGCUACUACUAGGCUAUAUGUUAUAGCCCACUAGUAGCGAAUAGCGCCGAAUUUUUGGCGGCAAAAAAGAAUUAAAGUUUUGCUUUAAGUUGUUUUGUCUCGAUAUUUUUGACCAACUAGUUGGAUUUUUCUAAAACAAUUAUUCCUCUCGCCCUCAUGGUCUCUGAGUCAAUAGCUGUUGACUCAGAGCCCAUUCGAGCUCGAUGAAUAAUUGUUAAUUACAAUGUACGUUAGUUUGUUCUCAGGGCGAAAACAAACUAACCACACAACAGACAAGCCACCCGAACGACGUCGUAAACGCUAAAAGCCAUGCAAGAGAGAAACCUCUGCUCGCAGGGUACUUAACGUUUCUUCUCGUUUUUCAUUAUAAAUGGGACACUGGUUUUUACACCUAAAUUGAUAGACAGUAACGAACUUUCUCUAUCAUUGCUCUGUUUUACGCGUAUUUGAAGCUCCUUAAAGCGACACUGUAAGGAAAGAAGUCGAAACGGGGAUUUGAGGUCACAACUGGGAAUCGAACAUGGAACCCCGCACAGGGAAACCAAGAAGUCGACUCGCCGCUAACCAAUUCGCCACCAAGUAAUAGCGGAGCUCCUCGAGCGCGCUUCGAACAGAGCCCUGUAGCUAAGAAAAUUUGGUAAUCUAUCUAUGCGAGAAAAUUUGGUUAUGACGUUAGCGUACGACCUCCCGUUCGUACAGACGUUGGCGGAGGGCGAAGGGAGUCAGAAGUCAGCCUGUCGGGGAAGGAGUAUGUUAUAGCGGAGGUGAAAUUUUGCGUUUCAAGCGUCCCGCUCGUUUCGGCGGUAAUCACAUGGCCGCCCGGACUUUUAAAGAGAAAAAAAAAAUAACAGCAACAAAAACGAGUCUUUUUUUCCACCAAAUUUUAAUGUCUACAUUAACUUAGACAACGGGAAAAGAGUUAGAGCGAGAAAUAAAUAGCAACGAAGACCAAUUUCGUUGGAAGAAAAACAUGAAAAUAAUAUAACGGCGAUUAGAAAAUGAGAAAUGCUAGCAGCUACCAAAGUGAAAAUGAGCGGCAGUGAAAAAACGGAGUGAACAGGAACAUAAACAUUUCCUCUGUAAAACGUGUAAAUAGGAAUCACGUUUUAGUCGUGUAAAACAACGGCAAGGAAAUGUACAAAAAAGUGGGCUGUACGUGCAAAGUUGUGUUUUGCUAAUUAGAAAAAAGUGUGCUGCACUUGCAAAGUUGUUUUUUUUUUGCUAAUUAGAUCUCUUGUUGUUAUUUUUUUUUUACCCUUCUCGUUGUUUUCACCUAGUCUUUAGUGUUUCUCGAUUUUAUAUUUUCUUUGAGGAUUGAGGAAACUAUAAAUGUUAAAAAGAGCUUCGCUUUUACCCCUGGCUAAAUCUAUAUAUUAACUCUGUAAUAAUCGACGUGUUUACUCUCCUAGGAUUACUUACCUGGGAUUUUUAAGAUUUUAAGAGUGAGAAUCUUGACGAAGACCUAGGUAUUAAAGUAAUCCUAGGUUAGUAAACACGUCAAUUGGUGGAUGUAGCAGCUGCUCGGAAGAGAAGUCACCAAUGGUGCCUAACCCUGACCCCAAACAAUACUAAAACAAUAGAAAGAAUGACAUGUCAUUGUUUCCUUCGACCAAUUAGGAGAGACCUUACGAGCAGCUCAUUAGUGCAGUUAUAGAGAGGAGAAGUCGUUACGUCACGUUGCCAUGGUAGCAAAAUUUCUGGAUGACAACAAACCGAAAACGUCACUUAAAAGCUGAAUUUGCACUGUUUUCAACUUCAUCGAUUUCAUUCAAUUUCAUUUAAUUUGUCAAAUGUUGGCGAAAUUUUGAAUCCCAGAGGUCGGUAUCUAAGUUUAGAAAAAGGAAAAGAAAAUUUUGGUGUUGUGUUCGCUUACUUCAUAAAGCGGGCGCGUGAAGUUAGGAGGUUUUAUGUGGCAGUCGUGCAAAGACGGCUAAGGAAUGUACAAAAAAGCGUGAUGCACGUGCUAAGUUGUUGUUUUGCUAAUCUUUACCUAUUGCUUUUUUGCCAUUCUUGUUGCCGUCGACAUCGUCGUUGCUCAAGAGUCCCUUUUGUUGUCAUCCAAAAAUUUUGCCACCAUGGUAACGUUACGUCACACUUCUCUCUGUUACUUGGUGGCGAUUAGACUUCUUGGUGGCGAGUUGACUUCUUGUUGGCGAUUUCGUUGGUAGCGAGAUGACCGUAAACGCCGCACAGAAGGCCGUACGCUGACUGACUGUGGUGAUCCUUGCUCCUCAUACCCUUUCUUUGCGACAGUUUCAGUGGAGCUUAAUACUAUGCCAACACUGUUCUAAUUGUAGAGAUUGUAACGCUGUUUUGUUGCUUGUAGUGAUAAACUGUUCCCUGCUUUUGGAUUUGGUGCGCGUUUGCCUCCAGCUUGGCAAGUGUCUCAUGAGUUUCCCCUGGUGAGUACCAAGCUUUUUGGCCCUCGCGACAGGGGUUCGAAGGGGAAUUAGGCUCGAGAGAAACGCAAGGGGCGCUUGAGGAGGGAGGGAGGGAAACGCCUACAGGGAAGCCAUUGUGUUCCUCCCUCCACGCGCGCCCCUCGCGUUUCUGUCGCGCCCAAAAUCCCCUUUCCCUUUUCCUUCGAUCGCCUGCCACGCAGGCUACAAGCUUUUUAAAUUCCCCUGACAACUGUCUGGUCUUGUUGUUUUGUUGUAGCAACAAUCCUACAACAGUCAACAGUACUGCAGAAGAGCUUUCACUCGAACCAUGAGUGUCUAAGUCUUACUUAACCUUAUCCUUAUUUGUAGCUGAUAAAUCCAAAUUUUUUACAUGUACAUCACGCCCCAAGAGACAAGUUUUUUUUAGAUACAGUGUACUUUUCAUAGCCCCGGCACCAGAGGUUUUUUUUUCUCGCGUGCGGUUGGACGUUUCGUUGUCGACUGCGGGCCGACAGAUCUUCGGCCAAAGUCACGAGCAGCAUGGCUGGACCGAAACCGGAAACCGCGCAUGAAUAGUCUCUGGCACCCAAGUUACUCUUUUUUUGUGUUGUGUGCUGAAGAGGACUGUACUUUCUUCCCAAUACUCCUUUCUGUCUGUGUACUGUGCCACAAAACAGAAUUUUUGGAGAUGUCAAUGCUGCAGCUGCUCAACAGAUUUAAGGACACAACAGAACGUGUUUAACAAAAAAGUACACAAGCCUGCAAGAUGCCUCCAGUGGUCGUUUCGCCUCAUCGUGAAGUCGAUUCGCUGCAAAAGCAUUUUUCGUUUCACUGUAGUCUCGGACUUGAGAAAUUUGAUGUCGCACACUAAAAGUAAAAAAAAAACUAACGGUUCUUUUAAGAGCCACCACCUUUAAUAUCAAAGUUUUCUGUAUUUUUUUUUCUUAAAUUGAUGCGAAAAGUCUAUGCUGUGAAACGACUUCUAGCGAAAUGAUUUUGGGGAAAAAUACGGAUAAGCAUAAAAAGCAAUUAUUGUUUCGAUUGUUGUUUGUUUUCAGAAUGGAAAUCCUCAAAACCCCAUGUGUGAAGGAAUUGAUGGAGUGAUGGCAGCUUAUUAUCACAGCAUUCAGAGGGUGCAGCUAUACGGUAACGUCUAUGUCGUAACUUGAUUGUUCUGUAAAUAUUCUUGUUUUCAAGGCUAAUGGGGGUAAUACAGCAGCAAAGCCUAUCACUAGAGCCUUAGAAUAUUAAAAACCCAACAACAAUCUCUCCCCUCACGCAGACGUUCUUAUAGUCAGGCAGACAUCUUGGUAUUGAGCGUUGACACUAACUUUACAUCUGUAUUCGUGGAGUAGAAGAGAUCGUUAUUUUUACAAUAAAAUUUUAGACUUCAUUCCAUAGCUUUGACGUUGCUUCCCUUAUAAUUUAACUGCAGGUCCUACCAACUUCGCACCAAUAAUAAAUCAAAUAUCAAGGUAAGAGAGCGUUGUAGUUGUUUGAAGCUUAGAUCAAUGUCGAUGUGAAAAUUAGUAUUAGCAGUUAUGAACAGCACCCAGCUGUUGAGUGAUAAUGAGCAGCAGUCAUUUGUGCUCGAGAUAGUGAGAUUGGUGUUAGUAUAGGUAAUAGCAUGAUUUGUAGUGAUAUUUGGCAUAAAUACCACGAGUGAUAUUUGGAAAUUGUUAUACGUAAUUUCACGAGCCGGUAGGCGAGCGAAAUUUGAGACAAUUUUGAAAUAUCACGAGUGGUAUUUAUGCCAAAUAUCACGUACAAAUCUUGCUAUUAUUUGUUUAUACUACUAUAUCACAUGAAGGUCUUUCAAAUUAAGCUGAAAUACCACUGCUCUGAGCCAAUCAAAUUGUAGAAAUUUCUCAUGUAGUAGUAUAAACUCUGUAACACCAAUCUCACUAUCUCGAGCACAAAUGGUUGCUGCUCAUUAUCACUCAACAGCUGGUUGCUGUUCAUAACUGCAGUUGGCAUGAUUUCCAAACAGCAUCUGCCCUAAUUCUCCCAUGCUGCUUUGCGCGCGGCGCAAAGGCGCAUGGAUUUUGCUCUGCUGUUGAUCUUCAUUUGAACAACUGUUAAUUCUCGUGUCUUGAGGCUUUAAGUGAUAGUUUUCCCAUCAUUUUUGUUUAUUUUUCUCUAUUGAAAAAGACGAGCGUGUUAAGUGUAAACGUAAACCUUUUCUUUUUUUUUUUCCAUCUUUUAGAAUUGCAAGUUCAUCGCACAGACAGAGCCCUGGAGAUGAGUACGUAACACAACCAAUCUUUCAAUUGUUAAAUGAGAAUGGAGCCCUUUAGUUGGUCCGAGUUGUUCAAAGGCCGCUUUACGGCAACAACAACAACAGUUUAUUCAAUUAUCAAAUGAUUUAAGUCUAUGUUACCCACAAGUUGCCGAGCUAUUUUAGGUGGGCAACAAUACAAUAAUUGUCUCACAGCGCAUAUUCAACUAUUGGUUGUCAUGACAACCAUCUCUGGAUUUGCGCUAUAGUCUUUCGAGCAACUGAGAUAUAACGAAGGCCGUAGCCACUUCUUGUUCAAUUCCCACUGCAGUAUAAUUAAACAGUUUUGUCCCUUGCACCAGACCAGCCCAUUAAAGUCCACCAGUACAUAAAGUGGAAUAGCAUUGUCUAGUCGAAAGGACCGGCUUUUUUCUUGGAAAAUCAACACAGAUAGAAACGUAGUGUUUAUGUUUCGACCAAAAUUUCGGUUUCGUCCGAUUCUGCUGGCCUGAGAACAAGAAAAUCUUAAAAUGGAACCGUACGUUUCAGUCCGACCGCACAGAUUGUAAUAGAGGAUGACGUUAUGAAAGGAAUACAGUGGUCGAUCGAUUUGUGGUCGUCUGCCGGAAGCGCUGGUAUAACGGAAAGCACCCGACGUUAGUUUCUUGGAAGUAAUUAAACCAUUCGGGUUUGACUGAAUGGUUGCAAGAGGUAGUUAGUGCACUGGCUUGUUAGUUAUAAGUAAAGUCAGUUUAAUUUUUGUUUUUUAGCUUCUCUCUGCCUUUUCGUCUCGUGCUACUUUACGUUCUCAAUUCUUAAUUUUUCUCUUUAGAUAUUUUGUGCUUCUGAUGUUAACUGAUGGAAUCAUCUCCGACAUGGCACAAACAAAGGAGGCUAUUGUUAAUGUAAGUAACUGUUGCAUACACAGCAGCCACUCUAAGGGAAGGUAUUUUGAGUAUUAAUUUAGGGGUCCGACUUAGAGGUAGACCUUUUAAGCCAAUGCCGCACGGCUUACACUUACUCAUCAGCAAUUUUAUCAGCCACAAUCGUGAGUUACAUAGAUAGAAAAAUAAAGACCAUCCCUUCCUCUCCCUCCCCUCCCUGCUCACACAUAUUAGCGAACUUAAUCAAACACGUUUUUGAGCUGCCCACGUCAACCGAAAGUGUAUUUUUGUCAUUCUUGAACGGUAGAAAGAGACUAAGAAAUGCAAAUUUGGUAGCGUCAAUUUAACGAAUAAGACCUCACUUCCGGUUGACGUGCGUUGCUCAAUGCGCGUUUUUUUGGCCUUCGUGUAGUUUCGUCCUUGAGUUUUGGGGUGUGGGGGCGGGGGGGCAGUAGGGUCUGUUUUUACCAUUUUAUUUUGUCCAAGCUUGUAGCUGCUCCUGAGCAAACAGUGAAUAGUUCCCUUUUUCCCAUUUUGGACGAUUCAACAUGUGAGCGAAAGUAAGGCUGUAUUCCGAUCCACUUGUUUAACGACGGCGAGAGUUGAAUUCGUUGUUUGUUUGUCACUCUUUGUUAAACAGCCAAUGUUGGACUAUAUUGAACUCUGCAUUGUUCACCUUAGAAGUAUAAUUGGAGCCUUGUAUGCCCUUAAAAUGUGACAGGACACUUAACUUUGACCCACCCUUUAGUCCCACGCAAACGUCGCGCGUCGAUCGUGAGGACUGUGUGACAAGCCAAACGUAGCCUAACUUAGCUUCCUACACAGGAGUCCGACUUCUUUUGAGAAGGAUAGAGUAAGGAGCCAAAUUAACGCCUGCGUAAAAGGAUAACAAUAAGCACAACUUUGAAGCCAUUUGCAGACAAUAAUUGUUUUUUUAUUUUGAUUUUAGGCAGCUUCUCUUCCCGUUUCUAUUAUUAUUGUGGGUGUUGGACCGGCUGAAUUUGAUGGUAAGUAUUUAAUAACUUUGUUUCGGAAAAGGCUCCAUUAGAGCUGAUUUAAAUUGUCUCAUUGAAGGGGUGGGGGAAGAGAGAAAGCCAAAACCAGCAGCUGUAUAUAAGAACAUAUAAUUGAAUCAAGACUGCAGACUUUCAGGAACUAAAAAAUAUAAGGAUAGACAUUUACUCUCAUCUCUAACAUGGCGCCGGCGUUUGGACUAAGAUCCAUGAUCGGGUUUCUUUUUCACUCACAGGCUUCCAUGCUCAUCGUUAAUCCUUCAAUGAAAAUUUGCCUACGAAAUGUCGCAAUUAAAAAGCAUAUAUGUGCUUACCUUCUUCCUUACCCUAGGGUAAGAAGAACUCGGAAUCGCUCUCGUCCACUUCCGGAAAGAUGGCCACUAUGACCUGAAAUGAUCCGAGGAUCUUUUGGAUCAGCAAACAGUAGACCGCAAAAAUUUGUAAGAUUUCGGAAAUGUGUCCAGUAAUUGCCUCUUAACACUUUAAACAGCUAGAGUACCAAAGAACAGAGCUUAUCAAAGAAGGAUGGAUGGAUAAAAAUGAGGGAUAUGAGCGACGGACGUCAACCGGAAGUGGACUUUUUGCAAGGUAAAUCGUCUUUAAAAACGAUAGCGUCAAGGCAUAUAAAGGGGAAAACUCGCUCAAAAACAAUCCAUAACGCCGGUGGCGUUUGAAAAAUGUAGGCUAAACCUUUCAAAAGCGUUGACGCCUUAAUGAGCAUGCGCGAUUUAUAAGCGAAAGCAUGAUUUGUAUGCUGUUGCUUUGUUCUUGAUUUCAUAUUGAGAGAAUAGCUUUGAUUUAUAGCUAUAACAUCCGCUUCUGUCUUUACUUCCUCUGUGUUAGUUUUUACUGGGGCGUAACGGGAGGAGGUUAGAUAGCAGCUGAAACAGUAAGGAAAUUGAAAGGAAAUCUUUCUUCAGUUGCGCACCAAUUCUGGCGAGAUUCCGUUUACAAUUCCGUUACUUAUGAGUAUACGUCACUUACACUACCACCAGGGAUCGCACGCGUUGUGAAUGUCCUUGAAUUUUGAAUUUAAAGUUCAAAGCCUUACAUGUAAAAGUCCUUGAAGUUAGCAGUUUAACUGAAACGUCCAUUGAAAUUUGUUGCUCUUUUCAACCAAAUCGGAACCCCAAGAGGCUAAUGAGACAAUUACAAAAUGUUAUUGGCAGAUCAGAAGCAACACAAAUGAGUAUUACUGUCUUGAUUAUAAGUGGCAUGGAGUCCUUAAAAAUGAGAAUUACCCACUUAAAAGGCAUGAAUGAAAGAGUUCUUGUUUAAAAAAGCGUACGAACCUUGCCCAACGUAACGCCUCUUCAGUGUCCAGCCUCGUAUAUCAUACGGCCUCCGUAACUGGCGUUCUGGUGAUGCGUGAAUGAUUCAAAGCCUUCAUUUGUGCCACACAUGACUAGCUUUUGUGAAAAAUUGAAUUAUGAUAUUAUUUCCUUUUUUUGCAUCUUAUAGCUAUGGAGGAACUUGAUGGAGACACAGUUCGCCUGUCAUCGCGUGGAAGAUACGCGGAAAGAGACAUAGUACAGGUGAGGUAUUUCACUAUUUGUGUGUGUGUUCUAUUUAAAAAACGAUGCUUAAGUCGCAUCCUUAGAAUGCAAUGUGUAUUUGUUGUAUUUAAGACAAACUGAAAGACAAAAAAAACAAAGAUAAUUUUUGAGGUAUUUUUCUCUCUUUCAAAACUGUUUCCGUUUACCUCGAGUCUUCUCUAAACUCAAAAGUAUCAAUCUGUUCAUCAAAAUCUUUUAAAUAAGGCACCUGUGUAAUUUUCGUAGUAGUUCUGGCAUUGUUUAAAUUUCCAGCUUUAUUUUUAAAAACCCACAGGGUAAUUAAUUUGAAGAUGUUAUUACAUUGUGUGGGGUUAUUGCAAGUGUUUUAUUCCGCACUUGUUUUCGCUGGGAUAUCUUAAAGACCUUUGUCCGAGUCAAAUUCAAAGUAUUUUUGUGAACUCUUCAGCAGUGACAUUGAUUCCCUAGCUUUGCUUCACUGAGUAGGGAAAAUUCAGCCUUAGACUCUGUGCCUUUUACACAGUGAAUUUCUUUCCACUUAAUUUCAGUUCGUUCCAUUCCGAGAUUUCCAAACCCAAGGUGCAUUAGCUGGCGAUUUACUCACAAAAGAAGUAUUGGCUGAGGUUCCAGAUCAGCUUCUGUCGUACAUGAAAUCAAAUGCUAUCAAACCAAAGCCUCCUCAACCACUUUCAGUUGAAACCAUCAUGCCGAUUGUGCCUCCUUCAGCCAAUCAAAAUGCUCCAUUCGCAACACUUCCCGGUCCACAAUACCCUGUCAAUCCGACUGCACCUCCUUAUCCAACCAAUCAAAACAUUCCUUACUUAGCCAAUCAGAGGGCUCCUUAUCCAACCAAUUAGUAAGCAGCAGGUAGUUAGUCAGUUCUUAGCGGAGCUCCACGCGUUCGCUAAGCGUGCGCAAGUGGACCCAUCAACUCAGACAAUUUGGCUGUCUAUCCAUACGGUCACGUGACCGUACGUCCUUUCGUCCGCACCACAGGGAAACCAAUAUGCAAUGUCGCACAUUAUUUCUAGAGUGGGAGCGUGCAACCUGAUGUUGCACAUUCAUAUUACUGUCAAUUACAGGGUAUCCGCUAACCAAUAUCACAUGACUAUAUCGCGGCUCAGGUGACGACCCAUCGAGGUUACUUGUUUUUUUGAAGUUCUCCACUGAAAAGUUUAUUGUUUGAAAUAACUUAUAAAUUCAUAUACGGGAGCUUCGCUUUUAGCCUCGGCUAAAUGUAUAUAUUAAUAUGUCCUUAUAAAUCAUAGUUUGUGCCCUUCCGAGAUUACAUUGGACAAGCUGGGAAUGUCAUAAGCGGAGCUCGAUUGGCAAAAGAUGUGCUGGAAGAACUCCCAGAUCAAUUUCUUGAUUACAUGAAAAAACGAAACAUCAAACCCAGGCCUCCUCGAUACAACUUCUCACAUAUGGCCACUAUUUAAGGGACCAUUCACAAUCUCGUUGCCAGAGUCCGCGUUUCCCUAGACCAGCGGCGUCUAGUACUGAGUAGUAAUUUCUGCGUAAAACGACUAUCCUGGGAUGCGCAGUAACAAGAGCUCUUACGCUUGUACGAAUUUGUUCCCCCAAUGUAACUUACAGAAAAGAGAAUAUUCUAAGUAUAGAAUAUCGAUAAUGUAACCAUAAUGCGAAGUAUUGCUUGCAAAGCAUUUUCGUUAGAAUAUUGUAAGAAUAUUUAUAUUAGUCUGGGAAACGGUCCGCGAAUGGAGAAUAGAAAAUACUUAAAUAAAAAUGACCGAGACCAUUGUUUUCACUGAAACAGCUGGACGCACAACCUGGUUGAGGUCAUUGUUGUCUAAGACAUUAAAUUUCUAACAUGACUCCGAGGCUUUAGAGACAAAAGUGCAAAUUUUUUCAAGACUCCAUUGUCUCGCAAUUCCAAGAAGAGACUUGGACACAAUGAAAACCAAAGCGAAUAUAGAAAAAUGACUAGAAAGCCCUGGAGUCAAGUUAGAAUUUUGAUAUAUCGAACGUGGGCUAUUAGCGCAUGCUGAAAGGCCGAGUGUGACCUGGGGAAAACAGACUAUUUCUAUCAACAUAAUAUUAUAUACCAAUAUGUAGGAACAAAUUCUAGGUUUUAACAUUUCCAGUGAGUGGAUUUGAUCAGUUUUAAGUCACCCUUGGGUUAAACGUUUACUCAAUAGUCUGUUCCAAGCUGGUGCUGACAAAACGUUUGUCAUCGGUACACGUGAGUUUCAUUUAAAACAGACUGUUGAUUACCAAUAAGGUAUAAGAGGUGCAUUUCUUUACCACAAACUAUGUGUUGAAGAACAAGCCUUCUGAUAUUCAGAAUUAUUUGUAAUGAAUUCCUAGGUGAAUUUUGCGUGAUAGCCUCGCAACAUUGUGAGGUUCUCUUGUGUUUUUUUUAAAGUGAGCUUAGUUAUAAACAGAUGGUGAAUUCCUAGAGUAGUAUUACUCUUACCUUAAAGAAGCAUAUUGCUUAAGGAAUGUAGCAAGUUCUCUGUGUUGUGUAAGACAGAUUUCCAACAGAUUAAGUGUAUGUAGUAAAGAAUGUUGGUUCAUCGUCACUGAUAUGAAGACAAUUUUUUGUGUAUAAUCGGAAACUGUAAGAACUGUACUCUCGAGGCUUGUACAUCUUGAAACCUUGACAGUUCUUUUUUUACCAAAUAUUACUCGGGAAAGUGGGAGUCACUGGACCUCAAGAUCCGAGAGCGCGACGGCGGCAACUGCCCACCUACCCCUCCCCUAAGCUAACAUUAACACUUCUUUCUCACUUAGGGCAAAAUGAUGUCUUAGGGGAGGGCUAGGUGGGCAGUUUCCCAGAAACCUAAAUUAAAUUUAUCCAAUACAUUAUCUACAUUUUUCCUUAAAAUUAAUGACAAUGUAAAGUAAUUUCUGUAAAUUUCCUUUUGGGUGUACAGCUCAUUUUAAAAACUGUAUUUAAAGAAAAAAAUAAAUCGUGC